UGUUGCACAGGGAUGGCGGCGCGGGCUGGUUUCCAGUCGGUUGCUCCGGGGGCAUCCGGUCCAGCGGCCGCAACGCUGGGACCCGGGACGCCUGGACCGGCAGUGAGGAUGGGUCCUGCUCCGGGGCAGGGGAUGUACCGAUCUCCCAUGCCGGGAGCUGCCUAUCCGCGGCCUGGGAUUCUUCCGGGUAGUCGAAUGACCCCUCAAGGACCUGCUAUGGGACCUCCAGGGUAUGGUGGAAGCCCAGCAGCCAGACCAGGAAUUGCCCAGUCAGGCAUGGACCAGACCCGCAAACGUCCUGCUCCUCAGCAAAUUCAACAAGUACAGCAACAACAGGCUGCUCAGAAUAGGAACCAUAGUGCUAAGAAGAAGAAAAUGGCAGAUAAAAUUCUACCUCAAAGGAUUAGGGAAUUAGUACCAGAGUCUCAAGCUUAUAUGGAUUUGUUGGCCUUUGAAAGAAAGUUAGAUCAAACCAUUAUGAGAAAACGUCUAGAUAUUCAAGAGGCUCUGAAAAGACCCAUAAAGCAAAAGCGAAAACUUCGGAUUUUCAUUUCUAACACGUUUAACCCUGCAAAAUCUGAUGUAGAAGAUGGGGAGGGAACUGUGGCAUCUUGGGAGCUGCGGGUGGAAGGACGGCUGCUUGAAGAUUCGGCUUUGUCCAAAUACGAUGCUUCCAAACAGAAGAGGAAGUUCUCAUCUUUUUUUAAGUCUUUAGUCAUUGAGCUAGACAAGGACUUGUAUGGACCUGAUAACCACCUUGUAGAGUGGCAUAGAACGCCUACAACUCAGGAGACAGACGGGUUUCAAGUGAAGCGCCCAGGGGACGUGAAUGUACGCUGCACUGUAUUGCUUAUGCUAGACUAUCAGCCACCACAAUUCAAGUUGGACCCCAGACUUGCCCGCCUACUUGGGAUACACACUCAGACUCGUCCAGUCAUUAUUCAAGCUCUUUGGCAAUAUAUUAAAACUCACAAACUGCAAGAUCCUCAUGAAAGGGAAUUUAUAGUUUGUGACAAGUAUCUGCAACAGAUAUUUGAGUCUCAGAGAAUGAAGUUCUCCGAAAUCCCUCAGAGACUCCAUGCCCUGCUCAUGCCUCCAGAACCCAUAAUAAUUAAUCACGUAAUCAGCGUGGACCCUAAUGACCAAAAGAAGACGGCUUGCUAUGAUAUUGAUGUAGAAGUGGAUGACACCCUAAAAACACAGAUGAAUUCAUUUCUACUUUCUACGUCUAGUCAGCAAGAGAUUGCCGCUUUGGAUAAUAAGAUUCAUGAAACUAUUGAAACCAUUAAUCAGUUGAAAAUUCAGAGGGAAUUUAUGCUGAGUUUUGCUCGUGACCCACAAGGAUUCAUCAAUGACUGGCUACAGUCACAAUGCCGGGACCUCAAGACGAUGACUGAUGUUGUUGGAAAUCCUGAAGAGGAACGUAGAGCAGAAUUUUAUUUCCAGCCCUGGGCUCAGGAGGCUGUCUGUCGUUAUUUCUAUUCCAAAGUUCAGCAAAGAAGGCAGGAGUUAGAACAAGCUCUUGGAAUCCGAAAUACAUAAAAAUGAUGACUUUAGCAAAUGAGUAACAGCCAUGUGGUCUCACUGGCAAGAUUUUUUUUUUUUAAUUAAGAGGCUCUUUCCUAACCAAUAUCAUUUAAGUAUCUAAUGAUACUCUAGGGAGCUGCUUUAACGUUUUGGAAUCAAGAUCUUUGAAAAGAGACUGCAGAGCGGUAAUGUGGGUUAGGGCCACAGUUACUAUAACAUCAGGAAUGACCAGCAAUUUUUUUUUUUUUUUGUUAAAGGAUUAAACCUCACUUUUGCUCUGAACUAAAAUACAAUUAAUUUUAUUCUACUAUGUGUAUGUAAUAUUAUUUUAUUGUCUACCUUAGUGUUAUCUCCCUGCAGAAUGGAAUAUUAACUGAACAGGUGGGUGGAAUAUGCUUGGUAAUUUUCCUGUUCAUUGCUAGAAAGUGUUGCACAGUUCCACUUUUAGUAGAUUUGUCGGCAGUUCACGUAUGGAAGUGGGCUUGCUAUAUAGACUAGUGAGCAAAUACCUUGCCAAACAUUUCUUGGCAUAAGAUUACUGUAAAGCGGUCUUUACAGAACCACUAUUGUGUUCAUUUGAGGCUCAAAUACAAUGCAUAUUGAUGAUAUUAAAAGUAGUGUCCUGCUUAGGGUUUUUUUUUUUUUUUUUUAUAUGGAAAAGGGUUACAUAUGAUAGGCUGGAAAAUGGUCAGCAGAUUUCACAAAUGAAGGACUUCUCUAAGCAGCAGACACUUGGUUAGUUGACUGUACAGUAAUAUUACACGGGGCAAUUUCAUUCCGAGGAAUGGGCUCCUUAACAUGCUGCUUUGCCUUCUGGGGGUAGACCCCUAGAAGCUCUCCAAAAUUCCUCACUGAAUGUGCUCUGAGCACCUAUAUUCUCAUACAAUGUAGCCUUUUUUAUUUUUAAACUGAUUAUGGUUUUGAUGGACCAAAAUAUUGUUUUGUAUCUUGUAGUCAUUGCCAAGUUUUAAUAAAAGCAACUUCUGAGUAAA